GAAGGCGGAUAGUUUGUACAUAAUGUUUACGAUGAUUUUCCGUUCUACUAUUAAGCCUAGGGCUACCUAGUUUUAUUCUCAAAGUCUUUCAGAUAUGUUACGUGCAGUGUCUGUGGACUUUCCUGUCACGUGGGGUUCACUAAAAGAUGUAGUAUAUAAACUUCUUCGGUGCGAUUUUGUUGACAGGGAUUUGUGGAAUUCUAGUUUCGGCUAUGUUUACAGCUUAUGUACUUCAAGUCCUGUUUCUCAUGCAUCUACUUUGUAUAAAUCUACUACAACACUCAUUAGCGAGAGGGUAGAAGAAAUAGCAUCAGAGUUGGAAGUCAUGAGUGACUCUGAUUUACUUCCUAGAUAUGUCAAGUUUUGGGAGUCAUAUCAUCGCGGACUUACAUAUCUAGAUAUCCUUUAUAGAUAUAUGAACACGCAGCACGUGAAGAAUUUAAGGCCAUCAGAAGCCGAUAUGUGCUAUGGAGCAGCACUUCCUAUGGCAGAUCAGCAUACUAUGGAAAUUCUGGAGGUCGGCCUUGCUUUCUGGAGACUAUAUCUAAUCGAUUGUAUGAAAAGUCGAUUGUCCUCUUGCUUGAUGCGCGAAGUUCUCAACGACAGAUUGGGAAUUUGUGGACAACAGAAUUGCAUACAUCCAUGUCUGGCUUCCCUUUUAAGAGUUGGAGAAGUAAGGGAUUUUGAAAGAGCUGGAAUGGAAAUAUACAACCAAAUAUUUCAGAACCCUCUGAUUGACGCUACGCGGUCAUUUUACUCGCAAUGGGCAUGUCAACGGGAGUCGGAAUUAGGAUGUGCUCAGUAUGUGACUGAGGCACUAGCUUUGCGGACAGAAGAACACAAUCGGGCUAUGCAGUAUUAUAAAUGCUCACUGCUACCAAUGCAAAAUUUGUUUCAAGAAAUAAUUGUUGAACAGCGUUUAAAUUUCCUUAAUAUGAACGUUCGCUAUGUUAUUGCUGAAGAGGAUAAAUCAAAUUUAAGAAAUCUUUUUCGGUUGCUAUCUCCGAAUAAUCUUUGUAACGAACUAUUACAUUGUUUUGGUGAACAUGUCAGAACCAGUAUUUUAGAAGCUGUUUCCAACCUUCCAAAAGACUCUUCACUAACACAGGUUCAUUUUAUUGAGAGUCUCUUAAAUCUCCGAAGUAGAUUUUUGGAGUAUAUUGAUGAUGUUUUCGAUGGGAAAACUGCUUUCCGUAAUCAAAUGGAUAAAGCCUUUAAUUUGGCUGUGAAUGGUCGUGUACCAUCUUCAAGUAUUCUAGCUACAACAUCUAGGCAAACUAAUUACAGACCAUCUGAAUUGUUAUGUCGAUACAUGGAUUCCUUAUUACGUAAAUCCGUCAAAACUAUGACUGUUUCAGAAAUUGAAUCUAAGCUGACAGCGUCAAUCGCUAUUUUCAAGUAUAUUGAUGAUAAAGAUCUUUUCCAAAAGUAUUAUCAACGUAUGCUGUGCAAAAGACUGGUGUUCAAUUAUUCUUCCAUGCUUGAACUCGAAGAAUCUGUGAUUAAUCAGCUAAAAACUGUGUGUGGAUAUGAAUUUACUUCAAAAUUUCAGCGUAUGUUUAAUGAUGUCCAACUUAGUCCUGAGUUAAAUCGGAAGUUUACUGAGUACUUACAAUCAAAAGAUAUACGUUUUACCUUUGGUCAUCAUUUUCAUGUUUUAACAGUUUUGUUGAAUAACAUACACAACAUAACAUACAAAAUGAAAACACAAUUCACGUUGUAACACAUUAUCCAAAACAGUACCGAGUAAACGUUUUUUGUGAUUAUUUAUCUUGAUGAUUGGGGAAAGAGAAUUAUCUGUGAUGAUAAGGUGAAUCCGGUGGUGGGGAGGAGAAGGUAUGAGUUUGUUCAGUCAAUAGCGAUUGCAAUAAUUUUACUCCAUUCUGAUCAUAAUACAGUUUUGGACAUGAAGUGUACGCAAAUGUUCCAUAUGUUAAAUCUCAAUUAAUAAUAUCAGAUUUUCAAUUAAAAUUUUCACCAUCGUUGGAAAUCAAUCACUCAUGUAGUAUUUCGUAACUAAUAUACAUCCAACAGCAGAAUACAAAGAAAUCAAAGCAAAUUUGUGAUUUUAUCAAACUUACUGAACACUACUUAUAGUCAGUUCUAAAGUGAGUAAACUUCACAUUUAAUCAGUUGGGCUGUGACUGAACUACAGCGUAAACAUGUUUCAACACAUUCUAAUGAUCAGGCUUAUUUUUUCGUAUGAAAUGAACCAAUAUUUCUAACUUACGUAUGAAUAUAUGUGAUAUAAUUCCAAGUUUAUAUUUUGUCCAAUCGGUUUUGGUGUGAGCGACUUGACUAUUGUCUAGAGCCUUGUAAGUGCAUGUAGCAAAUAAAAUAUUCUUCAACUUCUGCUAUACCACAUUAGUCCUAGUAGAUCUUUAUUUCGUUUCAUUUUUCAGCAAUGCUCGUGGCCAAUUUCACUUAGUGGUGUUACUGAUUUUUUACUCCCACUCGAAUUGUAUACAUGUACUUACCAUUUUGAAGAAUUUUAUACAGCCGCUCAUCAAGGAAGAAAAAUGAGAUGGGCACAUAGUUAUUCAACAGUGGAACUUCAAGUGCUUUUCACUGAUAAAACUUAUCAAAUACAAGCGCCUGCUAUUAAUGCUGCUAUACUACUAUUUUUUGAUCAUAUGGACUCAGAUCGUAUCAAAGUGAAAGAUCUACAUUUCGGAUUACAACUAGCUGUAUCUGAAGGUCGAUCAACUAUAUGUAGUGAGAAUAAUUCUACAUCUAAACGAAGUGUUCCAGCCACUGACUCUUCAAUUACUAGUAAAAUGGAAACUUGUUCACAAGAUGUGUUGGAUUCUUCAUGUGAACUGGAUCUUAUUCAACGACUUUUGACGCCCCUAAUUGAGUUGAACAUAAUAUAUGUUGAAGCAAAUGAAGGGCAAAGUAGUAAUUCAUUGGGUAACAUCGUGACAAUGGAUAGCGUUAUAGCCCUAAACCGUUCGUUUACAAACAAACGUCUAAAGCUAAGGGUGAAUUUCGGCUCACAAGGAAAAGAAUCAAACCAGUCGGAAGCUGAUCAGGUUGAUCGUCAAGUGAACGAGGAUCGGCGCUACUUCAUACAAGCGGCCAUUGUGCGAAUUUUAAAAGCUCGAAGACAGAUAAAACAUGCACAGCUUAUUGAAGCUAUUUUACAACAAGCAUCUAACCGCUUCCAACCACCAAUACCACUAAUUAAGCGUUGUAUUGAAGGUCUAAUAGAUACUGGCUAUCUUGAACGAAAUCCAGAUGAUCCUGAUCAAUACAGUUAUCUUGCAUAAUUCCAAUUGCUUUAUUUUUAAUAAAUUACAAAUUUAUUGGGAUGCUGUAAAUAUCAAUAAAUAACACACUAUAAGGGAUU